CACUUCGGACGUGCACGUAUUUACGUCAACUUUACAAGUGGGAGCGACGUGUUAGAAUCGUUAAAGUGGCAACAACAACCUUUGUAAAUAUACGUAGAAACCUGGAAACGAGGCAUUAAGCAAUGCUUUUUAUUCUCCGUGGGCUUUCCAUUAAAGCCUGCGUGCAUAUUCAGCUGAUGUCUGCAAACUAGCGAAGUAGGAAGACGCUACAGAGGAGGCAACAAACAAUUAUGGAGAUAAUGACGUUUGAUUUGUGUGCAAACAUGGCAGAGCAUCCGGGUGGAGGAGGACGUGUCGCCUUCGUGAGAGUGGCCAAUGUGAUAUGCUGGGAUGCUCGUGGAGCUAGCCAAUGCUAGGUGGACUUACCAAAAAGAAGAUGACUUCGAGGAAAAACAAGCAUCAUUGGAUCAUUUGAAUUGACAUCGAUUAAUCCUCCCAGAAACUACAUCUUCAGGCUACAACCACGGAUGUUAACUCCAAUAUGGAACCACAUGGUGGAAACUGUUAAACCAAGAGCAUGCUUCAUUGUCUUGUGCUGACUGCUCCAGCUAUGAAGGGCACCUUUUAAAUUAGAAGAGCUACAACAUCAUCACAGCCAUGGGCUUUUGUUCGGCUGCUUGUUGCAAGUUGUCGCGCAGGGUGAAGUACCUUUUUUUACUGCUUCUCCCUCUUUCUGUGCUGGCAUGGAUUUGCCUGUUCUCGGGUGGCAGUGUGAAAUCUUUCACCGUUCUCUCGGCGGCAACACAAGCUCUCGUUAAAAAAGAGAACACACAGGACCGGGCAAACUUGGGGACAUCGGUGGCGGUUCGCUUAAUAACACCGACGCCGAGAGCAGAAUGUCCGAAGAAGUCACCGCUUCUACAAGGAGCUGUGAAGCUGAACUUUGAGCCCUCUCUGAAAGUGAAAGACGUGGAGGGUGAGAACAAGCGAGUGGUGGAAGGCCAGUAUCAGCCUUUGUCGUGCACGGCCAGACAGAGCGUGGCCAUCCUCAUUCCCCAUCGCAACCGAGAGCGACAUCUCCUCUACUUGCUGCACCACCUGCACCCCUUCCUGCAAAGGCAACAACUCCACUAUGCUGUUUAUGUCCUCCAGCAGGCCGGUGAUGCCACUUUUAAUCGUGCCAAACUACUGAACGUGGGUUACUUGGAAGCACUGAAAGACUACACUUGGGACUGUUUCAUUUUCCAUGACGUGGACUUGGUUCCUGAAAAUGAUCGCAAUCUCUACGUCUGUGAUUCACAACCCAAACACCUUGUAGUUGGCCGGAAUGCCACAGGAUACAAGCUGCACUACAAAGGCUACUUUGGAGGAGUCUCGGCCAUGAGCAGAGAGCAGUUCGGAAAAGUGAAUGGAUUUGCAAACACCUACUGGGGUUGGGGUGGAGAAGACGAUGACCUACGCAUUAGGGUGGAGCUGCAAAAAAUGAAGAUUGUGCGACCACCCGCUGACAUCGCACGCUACACGAUGGUGUUUCACAAACGAGACAGCGGUAAUGAAGUCAACAAAGACAGGAUGAAGCUGUUAAGACGGACGCCACUAGUUUGGAAAAAAGAUGGACUGAACAGCUGCAAAUAUCAGAUAUUAUCAGUGGAGAGGUUGCCGCUCUACAUCAAUGUGACCGUAGACCUCGGAAAGCCAUAGAACACAUCGCCAAAUGUUGUCGAAGUAACACGUGAACUUUAUUGCUCUGCUCCACAUUUCAUUUAAGCACAUAUUGCUCACACAUAAUCUGUGGCCAAACGCCUAGCUGAGCUUCAAUUGUAUGGACACAAAAGACACGGUCUUGAUAUGAUUGCAAGACUGAAUAGAAACUCAAUCAUCUUCAGUAAAUGUAGCCUCAAAAGUAUUGAUAGUUGAUUUGAAGAUGAAAUAUAAUGUAUAUCGUAAUUAGAAUACUUUCUACACAGCUUUGAGGUGUGCCCUUACUCCAUUAUGUGUGAAUUGGAUAUCAUUCCAAUUGUUCUUAUUCAAGAAACAUGUUUUGUAGUACAAAUGUACUCAAGAGUAUGCAAUAAGAUGUGAUGUUCAGCUGAAUUAUAUGAUUGUAUCUAUUUACACACAAUUUAUUUGUAAUCAUUUGCAAUUGGAAGUUGUGAAAACGGGUGACGUGGCCUUUUAGGAUAUUGGUUUUCCUCAGAUACUGAUAAUCUUGGUCAUUUCUAUUUUAGUUAUCAAAUGACUUUUCCUAGUGGUUCUGCAAUGUUCGUCAGACUGAAAAGCUGGAAUUUUAUAUGCUAGUACUCCAUUUUAUUUUUUUAAAAGGGCCUUCUCUUCUUGCUUUGCAGGAAAAUGUAAUGGGUGUGGGGGAUCAAUAUCUAAAUGUGAUUAAUGAAAAUAGCAUAUCAUGAUAUAAGUAGUAGACUGCAUGAGGGUUAGUAACGGGACUUUAACUGCACAUAUCAAUUUUAUUGUGGGCUUAAAGUGAUGUGCAAUGGCUUGGGUGUUACAAUGGCCAUGUUUUGUGACCAUCAAAACUUUCUUCCGUUCAUAGAUUGGUUGCAAAGUACUCAAAUGGCACUUAAUGAUGAUUUCGGGCACAUUGGCAACCCGGAAAAACUGAUUUUGUUGCUACAGAUGUUUUGAAAAAAAAAGGUCUAAUAAACAAUUAUUUUCAUAAUGUCA